AACGCUCAGUCUGCUAACUCCAAAACAUCCAAUGAUUUUUGUAGCCUGAAUGAAUGCUAAUUCACUUCGCUGCAUAUAUUGACUACAACUACAAUAUAACUCUCGCAUCGAGAGAGAUAAUUCAUUCGACAUAUUACUAGUGGAUUCUUUCUUUGUUCCGAGGUUUACAGUUAAUUUGUCGUUUAAAAACAUUUGCAGAUGACCUGAUGUUGCAAUGGAGAAGAAGGACAAGUCGUCUCCCUUGCCGACAUCGAGUCUGUUUGACCCAGCAGCUCUUCUCGGCAUGGGACUUUUGGGUGCAUCCCCGUUUGGUCCAGGUAUGGCAUCCGCCCUGCCCUUUGCCCACCUCGCCCAUCCUCCUGCCCACUUUUCCAUGCUGGGGCACCCUGCCUUCUCCAUGUUCGGUCACCUAGGAGACAGCCUACUCAGCCCUGGGGGGCUACCUGCAUCACUGUCCUCUAGUCUUAGUCCCUCCUCAAUUCCAAUUUCCACGUUGAGUUUCGACUCGAUACUCAGCCCUUUGAUUCCAUCAGCAAACCGUGAUGGUCUGCAUAACCGUCCAUUUUUUAUGCGUCCAAAACACGACAAUUGUAACUAUGGCUUAUUUUCAAUGCCCAACCAUUCAUCAUCGUCCACAACGACAUCAUCACCCUCGCUAUCGAAGUCUUCACCCUCAGCAACCACCCUGCCUUCAUACUCCAUGUCUGGCUCCACCUCAAGCCGAACAACAAUUGCGGGUAGAACCAGUCCACCGAGCCUGUUCACUAGCCCCACCAGAGGGCGAGGGUCGAGGCGUGGGGGCGGGAUGGGGCGUGGUCGUCGUGGUACCGGAAGGGGGCGCUCUCGAGGUGGGCGUGGUGGACACAGUAUACCACUGUCUCUUGUUCAGUCAACAUCCCUGCUGUCACCCUCUAUGCUGGAACAGUUUGCAAGAAAGCACCUGGAAGAGAGAGAGAGAAAUAACAAGGAUGUCAAGUCACCAGAGCGUCUGGCAAUGUCUAGUUUAUUUGAUAUCAACUUUGAGACCAAAACGAACACAUCUAGCUUGCACAGGUCACCAAAGUCAUCCCCCACCCGUAAAUCACCCUCAAAAACAGUCAGUAGCAAUAGUGACCUUAACCAUGACAAUGACCUUGACCGUGGAGACCUCGCAUCCACUUCUCAAGGUCAUGUGCAUAUUGAUAGCCUGAAAAAGAAGCUGCUAGCUGAUCAAAUUCUGCAGAAGAUGCACAUCAAGCCUGCGAUGUCCUUGUUUAUGCCUCAUGAUGGGGAUAACAGAAAACGCAGGGGACGACCGCCUAAAAUCUCCAGUGAUGACGAUUGCCAUCUUACACCAGAAGAGCUCGAGGAAGAAGCAAAGAUCCAAGCUAGAAUAAAGAGAGAGUUGGAACUGGAGUUGAAGCAGAAAGAAAUAGCGCUGAAAAUGAUCACAAAAAUUGCUGCAGAACAAGAUGGCCUACGUGAGAAGAAGGACAAGAUCAGAGGUCAGGGCAGCAGAAGCAAAAGUCCAACAAAAUCACCAGAAAAAGCAAAGGCAAAUGGGAAACUUGAAGUUGAUGAAUUGGACAGUGACUCAAAGAUUUUGGAACCAAAGUCAUCUGAUGCAGACGACAAAACUGAGCCUUCAGGAAGCAAGAUUAAAGAUGUUGUCAUGGACACAAACAGCAAUUUCAGCUCUAAUCUGGACUCAAAUGAUCAAGAUGAUACUGGUAGCGGUUCCGAUAGUAACAUGUCAGACGACAGUGACAACGAGACAGGAGAUGAUGAUGGUGGGAAGAGGAAACGUGAACAGGGUGACCUUGAUUCUGAGCGACCAAUCAAACGUCGGCAUGUUGUCCUUGAUGAUUCUAAGAUCAGGAUUCCUCUAGGCAAAGGCUGGAAGAGGCAGACUAACAUACACUCGUAUGGACGCCGUGGCAUCGUUGGGGAGGUCUGGUACUUUGCUCCAUGUGGUCGCAAAAUGAAAACCAUCCCGGAUGUUAUGAGGUACAUAGAGAGAAAUGGUAUAACUGACCUUGGUCGAGGUCAUUUCUCCUUCAACACAAAAGUCAAUGUCGGUGAAUUCUACGAGGCCAGGGUUGGUGGGGGUGAAAAUGUAAGAGAGCGUGUUGGUUUUGUAAAGUUGACCGAGACAGAGAUACUGGACCGUCUCUCUGUGACGGUGAAUCGCAGAAUGAAGAAAAUUGAGAACCAGAAAAAGCGGGAAAAACUGCGUCUGCAGCAGGUGAUGGCUAAACAGAUCAUGGAGAAUAAGAUGAAAGAGAAGCUUGAACAACAGGAAAUGGCGCGUAAAGUAGCUGAGAUGCAGUUUGCCAAGCGGGUGCAGAGGGAGCAGCACAAGGAAUUAAUGAAGCGUGCCAAGCACCUUAAAAUCCUGGAGAAGCGGAAACAACGGGAAAUGGAGCGUCAACAACGGGAAGAGCAGAUGAGAAUGAAACAGGAAAUGAGAGCUCAUCAGCUGAUGGAGAAACGUCGACAAAAACAGGAAGCCAUAGAAAAGAAGAGAAAUGAGAAAGAGUUGAGAAAAUUGGAGACACCAAUGUUCCGUCACCUUCAAGCUGCUGCAGACUCUGAAUAUGUAUUUCGUGCCAUACUACAAAAUUCUCAUGAGCGGGAGAUGAAACGACAGCAGGUGGCAAUGUUGAAAGAGCAGAUGAGAAUACGACAGGAACAAGAGAGGCGGCGGCAGCACAUGAUCCUACUCAAGGCCUUGGAACAACGCAAGAAACAAGAGGAACGUGAAAAACAGAAAGAAGAAAAGAUGGCUGAGCGAAGACUUCACAGAGAAAGAAAAGAGGAGCAGCGGAAGAUGGAGUUUGUGUUGGCCAGGGAAUUAAAGAAGCCUCGUGAAGACAUGGAGCUGCGGGAUUUCCAAGCAAUGCCCGAGUAUCCCAGAAUUCCUGGCAACUGUGUUGAUGGAGCAGCGAUGGCUGACUGUCUCAUGUCUCUGGAGUUCAUGCAUAACUUUGCCAAGCCACUGGGAUUUGACUCAGACAGUCUGCCCACUCUGAGAAGUCUGCAGGAUGCUGUCUGCUGCAAGACAGAGGAGGACGCUGAAGAGUUCCUCUCCCUGGUUACCCACCUCCUUAGAUACGCCCUUGACGACCCAGGCGUACCCAAUCCAAAAGAGAAGAUGUUUGUUGUCAUGCGUGCGCAGGCUGUAACAAAGCUGGGUCAGAAGAUCACAGACAUUGAGGUGACAGACGUGAUAUUAGCGGAGGUGCUACGUGUGUUCAUGGUGGCCAGGAACUGUGGAGAAACAGAGCUAAGCGAGUACCUACGUAACUACCCUCUAGAGGCGUGCUCUGUCUCACAGCGUGCAGCGGUGAUAGCGUUCCUGUGUAAUGAGCUCAACUGCAGCAAGAUGAUCACUAUGGAGAUAGAGAGCCACUUGGAAACCAUGGCGGACAUACGCCGCGACAAGUGGGUCAUCGAGGGAAAGCUGCGAAGGUUGCGUGUGCUGAGGAGCAAGAAGUUCAAGCCUGCAGCCAAGCCUGGGGGUGGGGAGGGGGAGGUUGGUGGGGAGGACAGUGUGAUGACCUCCAUCAGCAAGCAGAGUGAUGAGGAAGAGGAGAAGGAUGAGAGUGGCAAUGAGGAGGAGCCCUUCAAUGAGGCUGAAAAUGCUGAGGAUGAUCCGACAACACUGGAAGAGUGCCAGAAACAGAUUGAGAAGCUUCAGAAGCAGCAUCUGCAGCAUCGCGAGAAAGUGUUCACGGAAUCCCAGCAUGUGCGCGCCACCGAUCUCGGGCAGGACCGAUACAAGCGUAACUACUGGAUACUGCCACAUGUGGGUGGGGUGUUUGUUGAAGGGAUGGAGUCAGGGGAAAUUAAAGGCAUUGUCAUGCCAAAGUCUAGAAGCGAGCGAUCGGAUUCGAAACUGAUGAAAAUUGAGGUCAUUGGAGAGAAGACUGAAAAGAAGGGCAUUGCUUUGUUGGAGGAUUUUGCGGAAAGGAAGGCAUUUGAGAUAAAGAUGGAAGUAGAGGACAUGAAGGCGGAAAUUGUGAAGGAAAUGCCAGUAGAGGAAAAGCAUAUCAAUGGUGUGAUCAAAUUUAAGAAAAACUUUAUUAAAUCAGAGGAAAAAACAACAGUGAAGUUAGAAAUGGGAAAAGAUUCAGAAAAUUUGCAGAAAGCAAUUGUCAAGGAUGAAAUUAAAACAACCGACAUUCCACAGGAAAUGAAACCUCUAUGUAAUGGUGAUCUGCCAAAGAGCUCCAAUAAACUAUUGAAUGACCUAACCCAACCUCAUUGUAACUCAGGAACGGACGAACAGGUCAAGUCGCCCACUAAACACGUCGAGCUAAAGAUUCCAAGUAUCAAGUCUAGUGCAAUAGAGGAAACAGAGAGAACCAGUGUGGUCGCAAAUGUGACUAGCUCUGACUUACUAUCAUCAUGUGCUAAGACAUCUAAACUGAGUGAAUACAGAGUGUCGUCAGGAAAUAGUAGUAUAAACUGUGACGCAAGUACUGCUUUAAAGUUCAUUUCUUCGCUCUCAGAUAUGUCAUCCUCAUAUUCAUCCUCCCCUGCCUUUACCUCAUCCUUGUUCACAAAUACCUCAUUAUCAGAUCAUGUGACUAAGUCGACCAAUCACAAUUCAUUUCUUCAGUCAACGCCCCGCCCUCCACCGGCCCAUUCUCAUGACACCCCACCUCAUAGGGAACGGAAACAUAGUUUUAUGAGCAUAGACUCCAUUCUGGACAAAACCCCAGUUUCUAGUCAUAGUGACAUGUUGUCACAGCAUGGCGCCUUGCCUGUUAACCCAUUUGAGACCAUGUCUCACAAGAGUGUUGAUGAUUCUGAAAAAUCUGAGAUGGGGCCAUGGUUCAGUCUGUUGCCACGGCUACCAUGUGAUGACAUGUCACUCACGCGGGGACAGCACUCGUCUGGGUUGCUUCUGUCGCCAUUUUUGUCUCAACUGCCAUUCCAUCCUUUCUCGUGUAGUCCAACUUACUCGUCAUUCCAAAUGAGUCCACUCAUGACAACUACGGCCGCAAUCAGUAAGACAUUGUCGUGUGUCUCGUUGUCGAGUGUGACCCAGUCUGCCAGUGAUACGUCUUUCAAGAAGCCAGAACCAGUCAGCUCUAGUCAGAAUUCCAACCCCAACCCAGCAGAUGUUCUCAAAGCCUACCAAGGGGAGGCACAACCUAUACCAGAAGAGUUCAAGCGUGGCUGGUGGAAGGUCAUUGACCCCCAGCAGGUUCACGAUCUACAGAAAUGUCUCCAUCCCCGGGGCAUACGUGAGCGCGAGCUGCAGAAAACCAUCCAGAAGUAUCACCAGUACACGCUCGCUUCCUGCUCUGUUGGAACUGAUGAUGUUUACUGCAUGGAAUCAACCUCUGAGGAAGAAGUAACUGAUGAUGAAGAAGACAACUCUGACAAUUCUGAAAAAGCCAAUGACUCUGAAGUACCAAGUAAGCCUGCCGGUGAUAUAGCUGAAGCUGAGAAAAACAAACAGUCUGGAAAACAAGACAAAGAGAAUCUAGUUGACAAACCAAGGUCAGGUGAUAAUGACAAUCUGGUCAAUGGUUGUGAUCAUGACACUGAUGACUCUAAGAUGGAUUUAGGUGAGACAGAUGGGGCAAACUCAUCUAAUGAUAACAAAGAUGAAUCAAAGCAAAAGGAGGAUAAAGAAAAAUGUGACAGGAACAAUGAUAGUGAUGAGAAAUCAGAUAAUAAAACCAAAGGGAAAAAUAAGAAAAUGAAGGGAAAUAAGAAAACAAAACUGGUGAAGAAGAUGAAGAAAGUAAAGAAGCCUCCACCAACUAUCGACUGCAAAACUCGCUCUGAUGAAGCAGAUAGAAUGGUUCUGGAUGAGGUGGAGUCAUUUGAAGACAGAAUUGCUACAGCCAGUCUCCAGAUCAAGGGAUGGAAGCUGUCCCCAAAGACUCGCAGUGAAGAGUCUGAGAUCCGGGUCGUGCCUCGUGGAAGCGUCAAGCGUGAUGAAAAUGACUGCUAUCCCCUGGAGGCUGCUAAAGAACGACUGCUGCAGCUGGAGUUGAACAUUGAGCGCCGAUACUUGAAGCCUCCAUUGUCCAAGGCCAGACACAGACUCAGCCUGAACAGCAUAUCGUCUCAAUCCCAAACAACCCAGUCUACACCACCCUCUCAGACCCCACCCCACCAGCAGCAGAUGACAGCGGACCAGUCCAAUGAGGACGCGGACUCUGAGGUGGACUUUGAGAACCUGCCCAUUGGACUGCAGAUGUGGCGCAUUGCAGUUGCCACGGCGACCUCGCCUGCCCAGCUCAUGCUGUGUGUGGUGCAGCUGAACCAGUGCAUCGCUUGGGAGAAGUCCAUUAUGAAAGUGUUGUGCCAGAUAUGCCGUAAAGAUGAUAAUGAGGCAGAGCUGCUACUGUGUGAUGGCUGUGACCGUGGUUACCAUACCUACUGUUUUAAGCCCAAGCUAGAGAGUAUUCCAGAUGGAGACUGGUACUGCUAUGAAUGUGUUGCCAAGGCAGUGGGAGAGUCCUGUUGUCUGGUGUGUGGCAGACGUCUGGGUAAAAUGGCUGAGUGCAUGCAGUGUAACCGCUGUGUUCAUAUCGAGUGUCUGGAACCACCGCUACCAAGAGUUCCUAGGAAAUGGCACUGUGCCACAUGUAGUGAUACUGUGAAGGGCUCUGGUAAGAAGAGACCUAGGAAGAACUCCACAGCAAGUACCGUUUCCACGUCCACCCCGUCCAAUCCAGCACCUGCCCCCGUGGUUAUCCCGGCAACCCAGUCGCCCCCACCCCCUCCCGCGGCCACCCCCACUGCUGAUCUCACCCCUACAGGCCGUAAGAGGCGUUGCGAUUUUGGGAUGCCGAGAAAAAGAAAAUCCUCUGAGUCCAUGGAUACAGAUAGCUUUAGAAAACAGUUGGAUGAUUCUAUAAGCAGUGUGGAUGAUAGUUCCGUAAUGGCAUUUGGUGAUAAGUCGGAGAAAUUGAGUGAUAGCGAAAGAUAUAAACUCCAGGAGCAAUCAGGAGAUAUGCGGGUUUGCAAACUGAUUCUGACUGAGAUGAUGAAGCAUGAAGAUGGAUGGCCGUUCCUGCAACCAGUCAACUGCAAGCACUUCCCCUCCUACCGCAAGUACAUCAAGUGUCCCAUGGACUUUGGAACCAUGAAGGUUAAACUCAGGGAUCAUGUAUAUCAGAAAAGGAUUGAGUUUGUGAAUGAUUCUAUCCUUGUGUUUGAUAACUGUCAGCUAUUCAACGAGGAUGACUCAGAAGUAGGUCAGUGUGGACACAACAUGCGUGCGUUCUUCAUGAGGCGCUGGAAGGAGUUGCUCUUUGAGGGCAUGACAGAGAGGGUGUGAUGGGGCUGUUUUCUGUAGGAAGCGAUCAUUUGCCUGAAGCUAUUGUAUUUAUGUUGCUAGUAUUUUGUGUUAUUAAUAAACAAUAUUUAGCGUGUUUAUUAGAAGAUGAUCAGCCCAAUGUUUGUAUCUCUUCACUCUAAUGGUAAUAUUUCAGCUCUGCUGUGCUAACUCAAGAAAUCAUGGGUGAUAUAAAUUAAGACACAUACAGCACAUGCUGUUUGGUGUAUGUAAAUUUGGCUUGGUGUAAGUUUACCAUGCAAGUUAUCAUGCUUUAUGAUGAAAAGCAUAGAAAUCAUAGAUCCUUUCUUUUGUUAAUUUUAAGUAAUGGCUUAUUAGUUGGCAUAAUAUGGUUUCAGAAUUGUAUAAAAUAUACAUGGGUAAAUUAUAAUAAGCAUCCUUAAUUUGUGCCAAUAGAGAAGUUGUUUUUUAAUAACAUUAAAUAGAAAAGUAUUAUACCUUAUAUUAGGAAACACGCUUGCCUUUAAAACUUAAAUUUCAGAUGUUCGUGCAAUAAAUAUUUUCUACAAUUAUCUACCGCUGGGUUUAAAAAAAAGAGUCUUAUACAUCUUUGUUCAUUUACAAGGUUACAUUGAGAUUGAAAUAAAAUAAAUUCAUAUUGAAACUUGUCAAAUUAAUCUCUUUUUAAUAUACAUAACCAGCUUCGUUACAUGAAGUGUCAUUUGUUACGUACGAUUUUAUGAUAAUUAUAUCUUAAAUGAGUAUUUUCAAAAGUCUUGAACAUUUUUUACUCUGACAGAAAAAAUGCCUUAAUACUACUUGUAAGUGUUGUUGAUCUUUAGCUCUUGCAAGUUUUAUGCUAAUUGAAACACAUUAGGUAUUUAAUAAAUUGCAUUAUGGAUUGUGUUUGCUAGUCAUACAUUUAGACAUUUUGAAUUUCUUGUUGUUUUUUUUCUGUAUUUUGUAUGUGUCAUUUUUGUUAAAAAAAAAACCAGUUAAAUUGUCUUGAUCAGACAUAGUCAGAAUGUUUAUUUUGACAAUAUCAAGGCUAUUAUUAUAUCUGGGUUCAGUGGUAUAAACAUUUUGUCAACACGUCAAGUCUGAAAUGAUUGGUGUACCUUGAACAAAUGUGAGCGUUUUUGCACAAUUUUUACGAAAAAGUGUAGAAUUAAAUUUAAAUCAAAUAAAUACCAGACAAGCAUAAUUCUAAAUCUAAAUUUAAAUGAUGUUUGAUAUCAAUAAAUUCAUGACACAUUAAUGUAAACGUAAUCCAUUAAGCCACAUAAAUACUGAAAAUCAACAAAUGUUUGCUAAAAUAUUUCACAAUAUAUUCCAUGUGAAUUUCCCGCGCCGAUAUCUGAGCAUUUACGUUUAAAUGAGAGAUCAGCCAGUGUCGGAAGCACUAUGUAGUUCUAAUGAGCUGCCCGAAGCCAAUCUCGCAUUCGCUUAUAAAUGUUCGGAUAUUGUAGCUGGAAAAAUUAAAAUGGAAUAUAUUGUCACACAAAAAAUAAAAACAAGCAUUUUGUAUCUCGUUAAAUCUAUGUUACCAGACCACAUCUAGCGUUGACAUUUUGGACAUUGCUAUAUAGAAUACUGAUUUUGUAUGGGUUAACUUUAUUUUACAAAAUAUUUUAUGAAAUAUUUGUUGAUUAAGAGUAUUAAUGUGGUUUAUAAGGAAUAAUACUUUAAAUACCUUGCUACUGUGAUAAGCUAACGCUUACUUUUUAGCUCGACUAUUAUAUAUGAAAUAUAUGUAGUGGAGCUAUCCUACUCACCCCGGCGUCGGCGUUUCCGUUCCGUUAACGUUGGCGUGCAAAUGUUUAAUUUUUCGUACUACCCCAAUUAUUUUCAUUGUCCCUUGACAUAUUGCUUUCAUAUUUUGCAUUCUUGUUUACCAACAUGACCCCAACCUAUAAACAAGAGCAGACAACUCUAUCAAGCAUUUUGUCAUAAUUAUGGCCCCUUUUCCACUUAGAAUAUGCAGCAAUUGUUAAAGUUUUCGUACUACCCCAUUUAUUUGUUUGUUUACCAACAUCACCCCAACCUAUAAACAAGAGCCGACAACUCUAUCAAGCAUUUUGUCAUAAUUAUUGCCCCUUUUAUACUUAGAAUAUGCAUAUUAUUGAUAAGUCUAUGUUAAAGUUUGCGUACAACCCCAUAUGUUUCCUAUAUCCUUUGACAUAUUGCUUUUAUAUGUUGCAUACUUGUUUACCAACAUGACCCCAACCUAUAAACAAGAGCAGACCACUGUAUCGAGCAUUUUGACAUAAUUAUGGCCCCUUUUACACUUAGAUAAUUGAACAUUUUGCUUAAAUUGCCAUAACUUCUUUAUUUAUGAUCACAUUUUAUUAUUACUUUGACAAAACAACACUUACCUGAAUACCACAAUGGAUUCCACCCAAACAAUACCCCACGCCCCUACCCAGAAUCCCUUCCCUUUUUUUUUUAAACAUCAUCUUAUAAAUUACC